UGUCGCGUGCCGUUGCCUGUGACGUCAUGAGAUGGCCGGCGUCGCGGGAUACGUGGAGCUGUUGUCCCGCUGCGGCGAGGCGCGGGCGAUCGCGCGGAUCCAGGCCGCGCUGGUCACGUCGGGCCGUCUCCGGCGGAGCGCGGAGCUCCACGACGCGCUCAUCCGGGCGCUCUCCCGCUCCGCGCGCCCGCACCUCGCGCACCCGCUCUACGCGCACCUCCUCCGCGCGGGCCUCCUCCCCACCCCGCACACCCUCCCCUCCCUCCUCAAGUCGAUCGCGCUGUCCCCGGCGGCACCGGGCGCGGCGGCGCUGGCGGUCGCAGUGCACGCCCACGCCGUCAAGCUCGGCCUGGAGCGGUUCCGCCACGUGAGCAACGCGCUCAUCCGCGUCCACGCCGGCGUCCUCGGCCGGCUCGACGAUGGGUUCCUGCUCCUGCGGACAGCUGCUGCCGUGGACCCCGCCUCGUUCAACACCCUCAUCACGGCCUUCGCGAGGGCGGGGCGGGUGGCGGACGCCCGGAAGCUGUUCGACGAAAUGCCUGCCAGGAAUGCUGUGUCUUGGAGCGCUAUGGUUAAUGGGUAUGUGCAGGCUGGGGAUGGGAUGGAGGCUCUGGAGAUGUUUGCGCGGAUGCAAGCUGAAGGUGUUUGCCCGGAUGACACGGUGCUUGUUGGGGUGCUAGCAGCAUGUGCGCAGCACGGGGCACUAGAGCAGGGUAAGUGGGUGCAUGGUUACCUGAAGGCUAACGGCACUAGGAUCACUGUGUUUUUGGGCACUGCUUUGGUUGAUAUGUAUUCCAAAUGUGGCGAGGUGCAGCUUGCAAGGGACGUAUUUGAGACAAUGAAGGACAAGAAUUUACUGGCUUGGACUAGUAUGAUAAAAGGCCUGGCAGUCCAUGGUCGAGGAUCAGAGGCAUUAUCACUCUUCUCCCAGAUGGAGAGCUCAGGUGUGAGGCCAGAUGAUAUUGCCUUCAUUGGUGCAUUGAGUGCAUGCACACAUGCAGGGUUGGUUAACAAGGGUCGGGAGCUUUUUGAUUCCAUGGUGAUGAAGUAUGGCAUUAAACCAAAGAUUGAGCACUACGGAUGCAUGGUGGAUCUUCUGGCACGAAAUGGCUUGCUCGACGGGGCAAAAGAAAUGAUUCAGAAAAUGCCCAUGAAACCAGAUGCCCUGAUUUGGGGAGUUCUCAUGGCUGGUUGUAGAUUUCACAAGAAUGUGGAGUUGGCUGAGUAUGUUGGCAAGCAUUGGAUUUUGUUGGAACCUGACAAAAGUGGUGCCUAUGUACUUCUAGCUAACAUUUAUGCUGCUUCAGGUAGGCACAAUUCUGCGAGGGAAAUUAGGAACCUAAUGCGUGAAAAGGGAAUUGACAAGACACCUGGUUGUAGCACUGUGGAGAUUAAAGGAAUUAUUCACCAAUUCAUUGUUGGAGAUCUGUCUCAUCCAUGCAUAAAAGAUAUUUUAACAAAGUGGCACGAGAUUGAUAGUAGAAUUAGGUUAGAGGAGGGGUACAUUCCAGAUAAGAAGGAAGUUUUGGUUGACAUUGAAGAAGAGGAGAAGGAGGAUGCUCUCAGCAGGCACAGUGAAAAGCUGGCAAUUGCUUUUGCUUUGAUUAGUACUAGUGACAAGAUGCCCAUUCGGAUAGUCAAGAACCUUAGAGUUUGCCAUGAUUGUCAUCAUGUCACCAAACUAAUAUCCAAAGUAUAUGGGAGAGAAAUUAUUGUUAGAGAUCGAACACGCUUCCAUUUGUUCAAAGAUGGCAGUUGUUCUUGCAAGGACUAUUGGUAACAGAUAACAAUGUUUGGGCAGAUAUUGGAACCUGAUUCAUGAGUAUUAGUUAGUCAAAAACUUUUGUUCGUCAAGAUUCCUUAGUAUCAGGGAUCCCCAAGUGGAGGGAAUGAGGAUAAUUAAUGGAAAAAUUCCUUGCUUCUACUAAUCUACACCUGUUGUUAUGCUGUUAUCAAGUUAACAUCCAUGGAUACAAUUGUUCAUCCUUUACUUAGUGAUAUCUGAACCUUCAAAUACAGUGAUUAAUCUGCAUUGAACUCAUGCUAUAUUCAUUUGCGGAAACUAAGGAUAUUGCCUUUUUAAUCGAUAAUUACAAGUAAGGUAAUAAGAGGUGUGAACCUUGUCUAUGGAUUAUAUGGAAAUGCUACUGGUAGGACCGGGAUUUGAAGGCACAGGAUAGAGGUUUGCUGUUCACGCGGGACUGUAGCGCGUGAACAAUGCUUGGAUUAGUUGGUUUGUUAGGAUAGAGACAAGUUAGAUUCAUACAGUUAGGAUAUUUGCUUAGGGGUCAAGGUAGUCAUCUCUAUAAAAAGAUACCCUUGUAUCAGUUGAGGUCAAGCACUUUAUUUCCGUAUGGUGGCAAGACCUCACUGAUACAUGGGUGUCUCUUUUGCAGAGACGACUAACUUGACCCCUAAGCAAAUAUCCAAACUGUAUGAAUCUAACUUUAUCUCUAUCAUAACAAACCAACUAAUCCAAGCACUGUUUUAUCUUGCCCUAGUUCUGACUACCAUAUCAGAUCCAUUGCCACCAUUUGUACCCUACUAUGGUACUUAAUAAGAGAUGAACUGUCCAACAUGGGUAGAGAUUAAAUCUUUGCACUGGGAGAUCUAGGUAAAUAGAGGCAGUACAUUUUCUGGAGACAGAUAAAAUAAAAUUUAACUGGGUAGAGCAGUUCAUUUUCUUAUGCUAGCAUAGGAAACAUAUUAUCUGUUUUAUAAUCAAUACAUUGUGUGCUAAGGAAAUUUAAAUUGAUAGGUCUUGAAACUUAUGCACAUUCAUGAAUUUUCCUGAUGUUUAAUGCAAAAUAUUACCAUAGCUAUGUUAAGUGCGUUGAAGUUGGUUCAAUUCAAUAAAUUUGUAGGUAACAUUACUAUCCUGAUGCAUUAUUUUAUAUAGCACUGCAUAUUACUAUUCUUUGUAGCUAACAUUAUUGAAACUUGUCAGGUCUGACCAUGACAAUCUAGAUACUGCUUAAAUUUAAAAACUGCCACUUUUUGGUUACUGUCUUUGUCACAGGAAGUUGUGGAAACACUCAUUUUGUACCUAUGCUUAGAUGAAGGGUGGGAACAUUUCUCGUCAUGCCAUAUCUUUAAUAUCUGGGGUUGCUCUCUACUGUUCAUGAAACUUUGAGAUGGUUUGGCACUAAAUGCAUUCGUACUAUUCUCUAAAAAAUGCAUUCUUACUAGGAACUGCUUUUUUAAAUCCAGGUU